AGGAAGCGCAUGCUUUCAACUUUAAGAAAAAUAUUACGUGCAUUAUUAAUUAUUUAAAUUAAUAAUUAUAUCCCUGUUAUCUGUGUUGAUAUUUCAGAAUGGCAUCAGCGACUUUAGUCCAGCCCACUGGGGAAUUAUGGAAGAAGAUCAGAGUCGAACUGAAUGAGGACGUGAACACACGUGACCAGGAUCUCGCAGCGAUUAAAGAGUGGCUACGUAAGCAGCCACAUCUACCUGAUGAAUGGGAUGAUGACAGGAUGAUGACGUUCUUGCGCGGCUGCAGCUUCUCUCUGGAGAAGUGCAAACGCAAGCUGGACAUGUAUUUCACGAUGCGCACCGCUUGCCCCGAGUUCUUCACCGACAGAGACAUCACCAGACCGGAACUUAAUAAUUUAAUGAAUAGACUGUACGCAACACCCCUACCAGGUUUGACACCGAAUGGCCGUCGUGUCAGCGUCGCUAGAGGCGUUGACAAGAACCUAGACACGAGUGAACUGUGCGACCUAUUCAAGUUGGGUUUGAUGAUCGGUGACGUCAGACUGCGGGAGGAGGUCCAGGGUGUGGGAGGUGACGUGUACGUGCUGGACGCCGCCGUGCUCGCUCCAAGGCACCUUGGCAAACUGUCGCCUGCACUGAUUAAGAAAUUUCUCAUAUGUGUUCAGGAGGCGUAUCCUGUCAAGUUAAAAGAAGUGCACGUGGUGAACGCGUCUCCGAUUGUCGACAAACUGGUCACCAUCAUCAAACCUUUCCUUAAGGAGAAAAUUAAAAACAGGAUAUUCAUCCACUCGGAUUUGAACACACUAUACGAGUACGUGCCGCAAGAUUUGCUCCCUACUGAGUAUGGAGGGCAUUGCGGACCACUUAAAGAGAUCAAUGAUGCCUGGAUGAAGAAACUAGAAGACUACACCGAAUGGUUUAAACAACAAGAAUGUAUCAAAGCUAAUGAAUCUCUCAGACCAGGCAAACCCACAAAUUACGAUGAGUUAUUCGGAAUAGACGGCUCCUUCCGUCAACUUUCAAUUGAUUAAAACGAUGUUUUUAAUUAACACAUAAUUAGUGCCUUUUAAGAGAUAACAUUAUGUUUUAUAACCAAUAAAUAAUUAAUUACAUUUUAACUUAGACUGAAUAACACGUUACUUCUACAUUUACACAUGCUCAAUUUGUUAAGUGGUUCUUUUUACAAAGUUGUAUGAUUACUUUUUGUAUGUAUCAGAUUAAUUUAAAAAUAACAUAGUUUGGUGGUAUACUUAAAAUACUCAAUGUGGAGUAAAUUAAGUAGGCUUUCGUGGUAUUAAACAGAAAGUAUUAUAACGCCUGCGGUUUAUGGAACGGCAAAUAUACGAUGGUGUAUAAGAAUUUUGAUUGCGGUUUUUUAAAUACUAAAAAUUUUUGCUAUUAAUUUUCACGAGGCGUAACUGCACCCAUACUGGAAUAAUUGAUCUUGAUAACAAAAAAAUACUUCAAAAACUAUUUAACCAUAA